AUGGAUGAAUCUCAGGAGACUGAGUCGUGUCCCAACUAUCACGACGAGGACAACGCUGGGGAGAACAAGCCGGUUGAUAUUGCGGAAGGAAGAUUGUAUAUCAAGUUGAAGUUCCCGAUGGAUGAACAGUCUAACGGUGAAGAAACCGGCAUGCAAGGCGACGUACAAUUAGAGAAGCCCUAUGUUUGCGAUUUCUGCAAUAAAAGGUUCAGUUCAGGAAAAGGAUUAGGAGGGCACAAGAGGGUUCACACGCAAGCAAGCAAGAGAAAUCACCAGUUUCUCCACAAGAACAUUCAUAAACCCAAGUUCAAGAAAAGUGGUGGUGUUGACGAUGGCUAUCUCUCCAAGGCUAAAUCGCAUGAUAUCGAUGCGACUUGUCUGAUGUGUGGGAAAACUUUCCCUUCGAUGAAGUCCUUGUUUGGACACAUGAGAUCGCACCCUGACAGGGAGUGGAGGGGAAUUCACCCUCCUGCGAGGUCAAACCACAGCAUGUCGGUCUCAAUAGUGGACUCCGCCGGCCCUUGCAGGGUCCAUGAUCGGGCAACAGUUCAUCCUGCAUUGCCCCAAUCCACAUUGGGGAGCCUCACUGGCAAGAGGCAGAUAUCAUCGGACGCAUUGCUGCAAUCUACGUCGGACGAGAGGGUCACUGGCAAGAGGAGAAAUAAACUGAAAAGCAUGUCCUCCGUGGAACUAGAAGCUAGUGAUAACCUCUUGUUGCUUGCGAAAGGGAAUCAUACUUUGCACAAUUCAUUGAGCACAAAAUUGAGCCCAAGUGGCUUGGAGGGCAAGUCGGCUCCAGGCGACAAUUACAAUGCUGAGGAGGUGAUCAAGGGCGAGCACAAUAAAACUCGAGCUAGCCCUGAAUUGGUCAAGGUGUCCACAAAGCAAAAGAUCAAAUCAUCCCCACCUGAUAAGAAAGUUAAGAAAGAGUUUUCACGAGCUAAUCUGGCCUAUACCGUGAGAGAGGGCAAAGGCAAGGGGAAGAUGGACGAGUUUCAAGGUUGUGAUGGUGAUGCUGAUGACAAAGAAUGCACUCAUGAAAGAAGUAAUGAAGCUGAGUCGAAUUGUGAAGAUGGAGAAUACAAAUCGACACAAUAUCAACUUGAGCUCAAUAUUCUUGUUGAAAAGGGAAACAUCAAAAAAAAGAGAAGGAAGAGAUUGCCCAGAAAUUUAGAAGCAGGAGCGGAGGUUGCUUGUUGCAUCAACCAUAGCCGGAAGAUUUCCAAGGCACCCAAGAGGUUCAAGUGUAAUAUAUGCAAUAAAUCAUUCUCGACCCACCAAGCCUUGGGCGGUCACAUGUCCAGCCACACCAAGGUCACCAUCAAAAAGAGCCGAAGUGGAGAUGAUCAUAAAGGAUCUGCAUCAGCAGAUUUAGAAGCCGAUGAGAGAGCUGUAGCCGCAGCCGCGACCCAAGAAGUGGAAACUGAUGGUGAUGCAGAUUUAGAAGCCGACGAGAGAGCUGUAGCCGCAGCCGCGACCCAAGAAGCGGAAACUGAUGGUGGCGCAGAUGCUCAAUGCCUUGGAGACAGCAGCGGUGAUGGUGCCCCGUCGGUGCAGGCAUUGGGUUGUAAGAUGCUUGUCAUUGACCUCAAUGAGCUUCCACCUAUGGACGAGGAUGAGCAAGAGGGAUGA